AUGUUGAGUUGCAGUAAAGUUUUAACGAAACACGGAACUUUUUGUAACAGAGCUAAAAGUCUGGCAAAAGAUGGACAUUUACAGAAACAUGUGUCAUUUAUUAUCAACAAAAGAUUAUUUGACACUAAUGCUCUGAGCGUUACACAUAAAAAUGUUGAGACUAUUGAAAAAUGUAGGCUGACAAGGACAAAUCAGUUGGAUAAUAGGUUCAUUAGGAUGCAAAGUUUUUGUUAUUUAUGUAGUAGAAAUUUUCACACAAAUUUAUUGUUAAGCCGAUCAGUUAUUGAUGAUAGAGUGAGAUUACAGUCUUCGGAUACGAAAAAACCUCAUUCAAAUAUUAAUAUUAAUGAUUUAUUGAAAAAUCAUGAAUCUAAAAAUUAUUUCGAAGAAAAUGUUGAAGAAAUUGAAGGUGAAAAUAAUAAUGUCCAUGAUAUUCAUCAUUCCAGAAGAGAAAAAGUCAACAUUAAAGAGGUUGAAAAAAUGUAUCCCCAUGCAAAAGGAAAGAUUCAUGAAAUAUAUCAGAUAGUAAACAAUGAUAUGAAGAAAAACACAUUAAGUUUUGAGUUUAAAAAACCUACUGGUAAAAAACAACAUAAUUGGUCGUGUACUUUAAAAGUUUUGUGGCCCGAAGAAACAUCAUUUACAACAAUUGCAAGUAAUAAAAGCAAAGCAAGUGAAUUAGCAUCUUUGAAAUGUUUACACUGGCUUGAGAAUCAAAAAAGACUCAAUAAAGGUAUGCCAGUACUUUAUGAUUCACAAGGAAUAAAAGAUUUAAUAAAUAAUCCAAUUUCAUUGUCUGUAAAAAGUGAAACAUUAAAUGACGCUCAAACUAUCAUCGAAAAAUAUAAUGAUUACAUUAAGACACUGGUCGAUGAAAAUACAAAUAAGGAUAAUAUUAAACACCGUAAUUUUGGUACAAGUGAAAUUACAGAUCCAGUUGGUAGACUUGAUCCCAUAAAUUGUACGCCAGAAAAAUUGCAAGAAAGAAAUAGAUUAUUGCUAGCAAGAUUUGAACAUCGUAUGAGCGAAAAUAAUUACUGUAGUUUGCCGAUUCUUGAUUUCCGUAAACAAAUAAUUGAAGAAGUUAAAAAUAAUCAGAUAUUAUUGAUAAAAGGUGACACAGGAUGCGGUAAAACAACACAAGUGCCGCAGUAUAUAAUGGAUAGCUUUGCUGGAUAUGGAGAAGCUACAAAUUGUAACAUGAUUGUUGCCCAACCUCGACGUAUAUCAGCUAUUUCAUUGGCUGAGCGUGUUGCCGAUGAGCGAAAAGAACAACUUGGUGAUGUCGUUGGUUUUCAAGUCAGACUUUCGCAACAGUUGCCAAUUAGACCAGCGAGAAUUGUAUUUUGCACCACGGGAAUUCUUUUACGUAAAUUACAAUUUAAUCCGACAUUUCAAGGAUGCUCGCACGUGAUUGUCGAUGAAGCUCACGAGAGGACAAUCAACACUGAUAUGCUUCUGGUGCUUCUGAAACGGGCUAUGAAGGAAAAUCCAAAAUUAAAAGUUAUCGUUAUGUCUGCAACAAUAAAUUCUGAGUUAUUUCAAUCUUAUUUCAACUGUAAAGUGAUCGAAGUGCCUGGACGAACCUUUCCAGUACAGAUGAAUUUUAUGGAAGAAAUUGAUAAACUGGGACUCCGUGCUCCGAGCAGAUGGGAUUUGACCUUUGAAGAUCCGGAAAAAAUGAAAGAAGGACCGUAUGUUGAUAUUGUAAAAAUGGGUGAACUCGUAGCAUGGAUAGCCAGAAAUAAACCUCCUGGUGCUAUAUUAUGUUUUUUACCCGGGUGGUCUGAAAUAGUAGCGCUAAAGAAAUACCUCGAGGAAUAUUCAUUACUACAAAAGAAUAAAAUUGCGAUAUUACCAGCGCAUUCAAAAGUUGCGCAAUGGGAUCAGAAAAAAAUUUUUGAUCACUAUCCAAAUAAUAUAAGAAAAAUAGUAUUAGCUACGGACAUUGCUGAAACGGGAAUUACUGUUACAGACGUUGUGUACGUGGUGGAUUCUUGCACACACCGACAAAUCAGGUGGCAGGAAAAACGUGGUAUCUCAUCAAUUGAUAGCCACUGGAUAUCAAAAGCUAAUAUUCAGCAAAGGAAAGGUCGCGCUGGGCGUGUUCAACCUGGAGUCAGUUAUCACAUGAUUACACGUGAGCAGUUUCAAAAUUUAGAUGAGUAUCCAACGCCCGAAGUAAUGCGUACGUCGCUAGAAAAAACUGUAUUGGAUAUUAAAACUUACACCAAUGAAAAAGCAAAAAUGUUUUUACGAUCAAUGCCACAGCCACCGGCUAUGAGUAUUAUUGAUGCGGCCGUUAGAGAUCUUGUUAAACUCGGCGCGCUUGAUCACGAUGAAAAUUUAACGGCUUUGGGUAAAAGAAUAGCUCUAUUUACUGUUCACCCCACAUUAAGUAAAUCUAUGGUCUACUCGUCUAUUUUCCAGUGUAUUGCUCCAAUUUUGACUGUCGCGUCAGUUAUGUCAUCAGACAGUGAUAUAUUUGCUGGUGUGCUUCAUAAUAAAGGAUUUAUUAGAGAUGUUAAAGCAAAAUACCAUCCAACAAGUGACCAUAUAAGUGUUGCUUGGCUUUUUGAACAAUGGAAUGCGUACAAUAAGCAGGGUCGAUUUGCGUCACGAGAUUUCUGUGUUAAAAAUAAACUUUAUCCUGAUCGAAUGUACACGCUAAGUCGAGUAAGAGACUUAAAUGCUGAACAUUUAGCUCAGGCACACAUGAUAUCCGAUUCUAUUGAAUAUGAUAAUAUGAAAAAAUCUGAAAAUGAAUUCGCUGAACUGGAUGAACUUGUAAGAGGUAUUUUAUUAGCUGGCUUAGAUCAAGUACUUUAUCAUCGUGAUUUUGAUAUUCGUAAGGGCCAAGUUAAAAAAGGUGCUUGCACUUUUAUAAUGGAAGAUAAUAAUCAUGCGACAAUAUUACCUGACAGUGUUAAUUUCAAGAGGAGAUACUUUCCAAGUCCAUUUUUAACUUAUGUGAGACGUACGCACAGUGAGCAAAGAAGAACAUCUUUAAUUCGUGAAACCAGUAUGAUUUCUCCGUUAACUGUAUUUCUGUUUUGUCAAGGAAAAAUUAUUGGAAAUAUUGAAACUGAUAAUGAUAUUGAAAAUGUAAUAUUCACUGUUGAAGAUAAAAAAAAUGUUCGAUUAGUUUGCAGUAAGGAAACAGCUAAAGUUCUACUUGCUUUCCGGGAUGCAAUGUGGAGUGUAGUACGUUAUAUGGUUAGUAAUUAUGGCGUUGUUCAAACUAGUAACUCGGAAACAUUUGAAAAAGUGCAAGCUUUUAAAGUAGAAAUGCUCCAAGUACUUGCUAAAAUGUUGAGUGAAGCUUCGAUACAUAUAGAUAAACCCGAGCCGUUAAAAAAAGAAAUCAUUUAUUCAGAAGAUGAAAAUGAAGAUGACGACCAAGACCAAGACGAAUUUGAAGAUAAUUUUGAUCAUAAUAAACAUAAAUAUAAUAAUAAAAAUAAUAAUUAUAAACGUAAUAAGUAA